AACUAUGCAGUGACAAGUACUCCCGUAAGAACAUCAGCUGAAGCGACAAAGACAAAAAGAUCAGUGGGGAAAAGAGUGAUGAUGCUGUCGAGCAGUUCAUCGGAUGAAGAAGCUAUUGAAUCAAAAAAUGUACCAGUUGAAGCUAGGAAGUAUCCUUUGCGUGGCAGAUCAAAAAAAAGAAAAAAGUACGUUAAAAUUACUGAUGCCCAAAUUAGAGAUGAUUCAUGUGAUCCUACUUCCUAUGAAGAUAAAGAAGAGAAUGAGAGAUUGAAAUGCAAACCUGUCAAAUCCAGUGUCAAGUGGACUUCGGAAUUAAAUAAAGUGUUCUUCGAAAAAUUUGGUUGUUACGUGCGUCGCACCAAUGAUCGACCAUUUCCAGGUCGACUGGAAAUGGAAAAUUUUGCAAAAAGUUACUUUGGAUCAGCCAAUUUUGCCUUCGCUGUGCGAACAAAAAUAAACAACGAGCGGAAAAAGUUCGAUGACAUAAAGAAUAAAAGGUUGAAAGAAAUUGGACUAACUAGUUAAUCAUGCAGUUAUUUUUGCUUUACUAAUUUUUUGUUUGGAUAUACUGACUUUAGCUAACUUGUGAAGUUGUCGCUUUGAAUUACCUACUUUCUAGUCAUUUUGGUGUCUAUUUACAUUCCUGCGUUCUGUACAUGUAUUACGCACAAAUGAGUUAGUGUGGAUUUUUUUCCUUUUUUUUAAGUUAUGAAUCGAUCCAUUUAUUCUUUGCAAUUUAUUUGUGAUUUUAUGUUCAGAAAGAAAAAUUAGUCCA